GAUCUACAUCGUAAGUGAGUUUAUUAUGAAAUGAUAAAAUAAGUCUCACAUGAAGAUGUGAAAUUACAUUGAACAAAAAGUAACACUAAUGUUUUAUUUUUUUCACAAUCAGAAAUAGUGUGUGGUUUGUUCUAAUUUAAGAUUGGAAUCGAUUGAUUUUUGAUAUGGAGUGUUUGCCACUUAAAACCUUUGAAGAGCUAGAUUCUUGGAGUUCUGGCGAUUUAAUAGACUGCAGGGUUAGCACAGUUCCAUUAGCAGACAGAAAAGGGAGACCAAAGGGAAUACCAAAGACGCUAGUAUGUCAUGACAUGUGUGGAGGAUAUUUGACAGACAGAUUUGUACAAGGUGCUGAGGAUCCCCUGCCGUUCGGUUUUUACCACUGGCAGUACAUUGACUCGUUUAUCUACUUUAGCCAUCAUUUUGUCACUAUUCCACCUGUAACUUGGAUAAAUGCAGCUCACAAACACGGAGUUAAAUGUUAUGGAACGUUUAUUACGGAAUGGGAUGAAGGGAAAGUUAGAUGUCAUAAAGUGAUAGAAUCUGAAGAGUCGUUGAAGAAGGCAGCCGAUAAAUUGGUGGAGAUAACAAAAUACUACCAGUUUGAUGGCUGGCUUAUCAACAUUGAGAAUGUUGUUGAUGGAGACAAAGUGGAGAACCUACGUAAGUUUGUGGAAUACUUGACCAGCCAGAUCCACCAAGCCAUUCCAGGGUCAGAGGUGAUAUGGUAUGACAGUGUCUUGAACACGGGUCAACUGAAGUGGCAAGAUGAACUCAAUGACAAAAAUUGUAUUUUUUUUGAUGCUUGCGAUGGAAUUUUCUUGAACUACAACUGGAAUGAUGGGAAACUCCAAAACUCCUUGGAGUUGGCCAAGAACAAAGGAAGAGACAUGGAUGUAUAUGUGGGGAUUGAUGUGUUUGGUAGAGGAUGUCUAGGAGGUGGGGGAUACAACACUCUAGAGGCCUUAGCAGCAAUUAGAAAAUUUAAUAUGUCUGCUGCAAUUUUCGCUCCAGGAUGGGUUUGGGAGACACAAGGAAAAGAAAAUUUCAUAGAAAAUGAGAACAGAUUCUGGCGUUUACUUGAUAGUUAUCUGCCUUCGACCGAAAUCAUCAGCUUGCCACUAUCCACCACAUUUUGCCAAGGAUUCGGAAAGAAAUAUAACUUACUUGGUGAUGUGGUCCAUGAGGGGUCCUGGUACAAUUUGUCCCUCCAGGAGAGACAGCCCAUCUGUACAAAUGCACAGUUCCCCGUAGUACCAGAGGACCAGCCUUCCAUUAUGCCCUGUACAGAGGAUCCAUUCAGUGGGGGUGCAUGUUUAGAACUCAGUGGAAACUUCCCUAGGGUCGACCAGCCUCUGCUGUUUAGAUUAUUUGAUACAUCCAUUACCCUACCUCAUGAAGACGUCAUUGUGUCCUACACAUGCAAAAUGGCGGACAACACAAACUGUGAUUUGUUCUUAAAGCUAGAGGUCCAGGCAGAGGAUGGAUCAAAUCAAGUAUGGAUUCUACGGGAGAAGGAAAUAUCCAAACCGCAACCAAACAUGACUGUAUACACUCCCACAGAAAUGGUGAAAGACCUUCCAAAUGCUACUGUAUCUACCAACAACGGUUGGGCUACCUGGAACUACUGUAUCAAUUGUACGGCAGAAGUAGAUGUUCAUGUGAAGUCCAUUAGCUUUGGGUUAGAAUCCACCAAUGCCAAAGGCAGGCAGUCAGUCAAGAUUGGGCAAUUACAGAUGAUACCAAAGAAAGAUCUCGAGUCUCUUGCUACAAGAGAUUACGUGGAGGAAGUAAAGAUAGAGGAGUUGUCCGAGGAGGGAAGGUGCAGGAUCACCUGGCAGUGCCCCUCAGAGGCGGCCGUCUCAUACUACAACGUGUACUCGACAGCUAAUGGGAGCAAAACUCUGCUGGGGCGGAGCAAAACAAACUGCUUUUACACCGAGACCAGGUAUAAGGGCAGUGUGUCUAUCCAGCCGGUAUUCUAUUCCACCAUACCAGGAAAGACAACAGUUGUUAAAUGACAUUCUGGUCACAGAGAGAACUAUUUGUAGCAGUUUAUCUUUAUACUGCUACCUCGCACUCAGGCAGCGUCAUCUGCUGCAAAUAAUUCUAGCAGCAAAAACUUUCUGAUGCAUAAUUUAUUCAUUGUGAUAAUACAUUAGGGUGCAGUAGAUACCAAUGAACAUUAUUUAUUACCAUUAUUUAUCAUAGGUUUUCACAUAAACAAUGAUCUAAUAAGCCAAAGUGCUGUAAUCGUACUACUGGUAUAUUUAGCAGGUACAAUAUUUGGCAGCAUUUGAUUUUUCAGCAAGCUAGCGUGAACUUGAAUUGGCAUUUUUCUGAGUGUGCUCAUUCUACUGUAAUAUGAAUGGCAUUCAGCCAUCUGCUCGAAUUAGAGGAUGUGGCUUUCUACUUCAAACUCUAAAAAGAAUUUAAAAUACACAGCCAAAUGUACCUAAUAAGUUUACAGUAGUUUAAUUGAUAACGAUAAGUUGGAGGAAUGCAUAUUCUAGUCCACAGACUUUUGAUCACGAUUUUCUUUAUGGAUUUAUGAAGUAGUGGAGAAAAUGCUUAUUGAGUAUAAAUAUACAUGUAUUUAUAUGAAUGAAUUGAAUGAUGUGUAGCGCUUUACCUGUUUUGUAGCACUUUUUAACUUUUGAAUUGUGAUAUUUAAUUGAUUAAAAUCAACUUUUUAUUGUUCGUACAUUUAACAAUAUCCUUUAUAUUGGAUAUGUAUAUUUUUUUUAGUUAAAACAACUCAUUAUUAUUCUGUGACUACUUCGAUGUGAUGUUUAUUUUUUUGUUAAAAUCAACCUUUUUGUUGUACAUUUAAGCAUCCUAAAUAAUGGAUGAAGUGAAAACUGAUAUGUUUUUUGUAUUUAAAACAAUUUAUUACCUAUAUUGUUCAUGACAUAAAAAUGUACAAAAUACUUAAUAAAGAUUUAAACAUUUUUAUAUGUGUGGGUAUACAUUUUGUUUUUGACCACCUAUACUCACCAAAAAAUAAUUACAUUGCAUUUGAAUAAUCAAAUCCUGAAUAUUUAUUUAGUUGUGAAUGACUUUGCGACCAUUUUAAUGAAAAAUAUUGUCAAACAUUUAUCAUACUUUUUAGUAUCAAGCAACCUGACUCUGUACAUAUAUAUCAGGCAAAAAAAUCUCGGCAAUUAAGGGGGAAAAAAGCCACACUAAUAUGCGUUAAAAUUUUAACAUUUAAUAACUGGCCCAUUUUACAGUGCAAUCGAUGGACCAUAUAUAAAUACAUAUAUAAAAGUGCAUUUCAUGUAUCUGAAGUGUAAUUUGUAAUACAUAAUUUAUUCUUUGCAUUACAUAACUAAUUAUCAAGUAAAAUACAAAAUGUAUCUGAAAUUGAGAUUGCCUUUCUACAUAUCAUAUGGAGGUCACAUUCAGUAACAGCUAUUUAUUCUUUCAACUUUGAAUAUUGAUUUCAUUUCAAGUGGAUUUAGUUAAUUUUAAUUAAUUAUCAAAUUUGUAAACACAUCCUGGUCUCAAAAACCAACAGCUGAUGUACAUGUAUAAUAUUCAUAACGGUUACCAUGUAUUUCUGAAGUUAUAUUUCCCAGACAAUUUAUCAUAUAAGUAUGAAACUGCACUGAAGUUAAAUUUAAUAUUAAACCAAAAUUCUUUGAAGAUUUUUUUAUCAGAAUUUCUUGUCUCAAUUUUUUUUCUUAAGGAUUAUCACAAACAUUGAUAUGUCUGCAUCGGGAAAAUAUGUGCAAAUUCUAUUACAACAAAAGUUGGCUUCACUUUAAUUUUGUACAGAUUUGAAAAAGAUGCAUUCUAAUGCAGUAUGAUUUACAUUUUUAAUGUCUUUAUUUGAGUAAAAAUAGCCUCCAAACAUAUUAGGCUGGUUUAUGAAACAUAGAAAUAGGAAAACUUUACCCCAAAAAAAUCACUAUGUUUAUAGUAUGUGCAAGCACAGGGGCAUCUUGUCCUCUCUGCUGUCUAUGACAUAUACAUAAAUGAUGCAGUGUAUUAUUUAUAUACAUCAUAGAGAGCAGAGCAGAUAAGAUACUGUAAAUUCCUAAUUAAACGUGAGGAAUUUAUAUCCGCAUAAAAUCGCGAGAAGCAUGCCUCGCAGAUUUGAAAAUCUGAGAGUUGAGAACUAUAAGAAAUAUUGAUAAAUGUUCUGCGUUCGCUAUUAUAUAUUCUCGCGAUUUGAUACAAAACAGCCGAAUUAAGUACUCGCGUAAUAUAUAAGGAAUUUACAGUACCCCAGUGGUGCAAGCUGCAAUGAUACAUGUCAUUUAUAUCCGCAAAUAAAUUUUUUUUCAUUGAAAAAUACUAGUAAAUCUUUGUUUUUUAGGAUGUGGAAAUUAUAUUACUGGUACAUGAAUAUCUCUUUUACUUUUAUUUUUUUCAUGAAAAAAAAGAAAGAAGAAAAAGCAAUGGAUAAAUCAUACAUUCAACAAUAUUUUCAUUAAAUCAAUAUCACAAACAACUACCAAACACAAAAAUUUUUCCAUGGACCAAUAAAAACUCAUGCGUACAACUCUAAAUGAAACAUGUAAUAGGCACUGUAAUUACAAAAACAACAUAAUUUUGCGUAAUUUUUCUCCUUCAUAGAUAAAAAAAGAAGAAGAAGAAAAAGCAAGAAACCAAUUGAAAAUAAGACUUUUUAGGGUGUUAGUGUAUAAUUGACCUAGAGGUUGGUCUAGUUAUAGCAGUAGCUUUUUUACAGUUUCAGGAACUACAAUAUCUUGAUCAUUCUUAUCUCAAAUACCAUGAAUGUAUAAUUAUAUGAAAGCAAGUUAGAGGUUCCAACCACUUGUUCUAUCUCCCAGUCUUUUCUCAGCCCAAUCAUGCCACUUCAAGAUGUUUUUUUCAUAAAGCAGGUGUUGCAAAUAUCUGGUGAAUUUAUACUUUCCCAAUAAGAAUCCUGAUUUAUUAGUUGAUAUUUAAAUUUUGGCCUUUGAUAUUUUGAUUUUGAAUGGCAACGUAAAGUAAAGUGUUGGAACAUACCUAUUAGCAAGUUUCUUUUACACAGAAGGACAGCAUAUUAAUGACCAUCUUGAAGUAGAAAUUCAAUUAUAAAUGUGAACAAAGAUUCUUAAAGUUUAUUAGUCUAGCUAAGAGAAAAAAAAAUUAAAGAAAAAAAAAAUUGUUCAGAUCCUGACCAGCAAGAUUCUUUCACAUGAAUGUGCCUUAUAAAAUCAAUUACUUGUAUAAACAGCUAAGCAAUAUAUAUAUGUUUGAAGACUAUAUAUUAACACAUUUAAAAUGUAUUUCUGAUUGUUGUUUCAGCAGUGUCUGUAAAAAAUAAAGAAUUUGCGAUAGUUUAAUAUGUGUAACAAUAAUCCAACCAGUGAAUUACUUGUAUACUGCACUAAACAUAUAAUUAUUAUUACAUCCAUUAGACCAAUAUAUCCAUUUCUGAUGGAUUUUAAUAAAAUACCUCGCAAAUUGUGGUAGAUGUAUUUAAAAAAUAUACUGGGGGGGGGGGGGGGAAUUGGAUGUAUUUAUAUGAUUAGAAGACCUUAUGUGAUUGUUUUCUAUUUUAGUACAAUUUCAAUUUGUGAAGAAAAAUUAUGAAAGGAUUUGCAUUGUAAAUCUUGAUAUCAAUGUAUCAUGAAUCGAAAAGUCUCAAUGUAUCGAGAGACAUCUUGAUUUGCUUGGGCUAUACCAUGACACAACUUAAUUUACACAUCAUACUAAUUUGGGAA